AUGGCCACUACAUUCUCCCUCCCACCUCUCCCCUACGCUUACGAUGCCCUGGAACCCGUCAUCUGCAAACAGAUCAUGGAAAUCCACCACCAAAAACACCACCAAACCUACAUCACCAACCUCAACGCCGCCCUCUCCGCACAAUCCACUGCCCUCGCAGCAAACAACAUCCCCGAGCUCAUCAACCUUCAGCAGAAGAUCAAGUUCAACGGCGGCGGCCACAUCAACCACUCCCUCUUCUGGAAGAACCUGGCCCCCCACGGCAGCCCCGAGACCGAUAUCGACCAGGCCGCUCCCGCCCUCAAGGCCACCAUCGAGGCGCAGUACGGCUCCGUGCAGAAGUUCAAGGAGGCCUUUGCCGCCGUGCUCCUCGGUCUGCAGGGCAGCGGUUGGGGCUGGUUGGUGGCUAAUGGGCCCGGGGGGAAGUUGGAAAUCGUCUCCACUAAGGAUCAGGAUCCGAUCACGGAUAAGAUCCCGGUGUUUGGGGUGGAUAUGUGGGAGCAUGCUUAUUAUUUGCAGUACUUCAAUAACAAGGCCUCGUAUGUAGAGGGUAUCUGGAAGGUCCUCAACUGGCGCACUGCAGAGGACAGAUUCAAGAAUGGCGUGGAGGGCUCUGCGCUUCUCAAGCUGUAG